GUUGAAUGAGAACAGAGAGAAAGUUACAGUCUUCGAUAUGAGACUAUAUCACUGCCUCUGCUACCACUUUUGAGACAUACUCAGGCCCAUUUGGAGAACUUUCUCUCUUCUGGUACUGCUUGGGGCAUAAGUAAGUUAUAAACAGAGAAGAGAAACCUUUCUGUUCUGUGUCUGUGAAAGGAGGCCCAGAGCACUGAAGACUCAUCUAGAACGAAGAGUGGCAGGAAGAAGGCUGCAUGACAAAAAAAGGAAGACAGAACACAUUUGGGAUACAAACUUGAAGGCCUGAAAGGGCCCAGGGCCAUGGAAGCAUCUGUGCUGAGCCCCACAUCCUGGGAAAAACGAAGGGCCUGGCUACAACAGAGCCGUAACUGGCAAACCCAGGUCCUGGAAGAGGAGGCUGCAGCUGCCCUGCAGGAUGCACUGGAUCCUGAGCCUUCUAGCCUGGAUGAUGUUUUCCAGGAAGGGAAUCCAAUCAAUAAGAUUGAGGACUGGCUGCAGGGCUGUGGAGAUACGGAGGAGGGACUUUCUGAAGAAGCAGGGCAACCCAACUACAAUGGGUUCUCCAGCCAUGGGACCAGCUUUGAAGACGACUUGAGUCUUGGAGCAGAGGCCACACUACUGGCCACCAAUGGAAACAUCUUCUCCAGGAAUUUCCUCCAGACAACCAGGCCUUGCCAGUUACUUGAUCUUGGCUGUAGUUUGGCUUCCAGCAGCAUGACUGGUGGGACCAACAAAACCAGUUCAAGCAUCUCAGAGAUUUUGGACCAGGUACAAGAAGAUGCAGAAGAUGUCCUCUUCAACCUGGGCUUUGGCCAUGAGGACCACAAAGAUACAUCUCGUAUCCCUGCAAGAUUUUUCACCAACCCCUCUCAGGCCAAGGGCAUUGACUUCCAGCUCUUCCUGAAAUCUCAGAUGCAGAGGAUUGAGAUGGAAGACCCCUGCCUGAUGCUGGCCAGCCGGUUUAAGCAGGUGCAAACGCUGGCUGUCACUGCUGAUGCUUUCUUCUGUCUCUAUUCCUACGUGUCUAAGACACCCGUCCAAAAGUUCACACCAUCCAACGUGUUCUGGAAUUGUGACCCAACUGAUGUGCCAUCCAUCAGGAUUCUGGCUCCAGAACCUGAACCCCACUCACCCAGAGAGCGUCUCCGGAAAGCGAUCUCUAAAAUGUGCCUGUAUACAGGUUCUCGAGAUCGACUGUCACCAUCUCACAACAACCCCAAAAGGAACAGUUUGGACCAAGUUGUGUGGGAAAUGAUGGACAGAGUGAAAGGAGAAAAGCUAGGUCUCCAGCAAGACCCUGGGCAUGGGCAAGUCCUUCAGAAAGAGUCUGUGCCACCAGUACAGAACACAAAGCUGUCCACUCCUUCAUUUCCAUGUGUUUUCUACCCUAAAGAAGAAACCCAGGGAGACAUGUGCUGCGCUCGUGCUCUAGCCAAGGCAGGUCCACAGUGCAACAUGGACUCUGCACAGGUAGGGAGAGAGCUGUGGGGUCUACGGGCCGUUAAUGAGAAGCCCCAUUCAGCUGAGAGUGAGAGUCCAUGGGAAAAAAAAAGCAAAGCAAGAAAGAGCCUAUUUCAGAGUCCUCCCUUGGACAAGAUUAAAUCACUGGACUUGCUCAUCACCCAGAAGAAACGAAAGCAGAACCAAGCCAGACAUGAGCUACACCAAUCUCUAACUCAGCAGCUUCAGGGUGCUUCUGAUUUGGAACAGGUACAAAGCAACGGUGAAGAAGAGGAGGAAUGCCGCUGGCCCAGCAGAUCCAGGCACCCCUACUUCUACCAUACUUCCCUUGGAGGAGACUGAAGAAGCUUUCUUGACCAACACAGCAUGACCUGACAGCAGGGGCUUCACGGAAGCGUCAAACUAUCACCUCAUCCUGAAGUUAAGUCACACCAUCCUCAGCAGCCAGAUCCUGCUCUUUGCCUCCCCAUGUGGCAGCAUGGGACACUGGGAUGAAGACCACACAGAGAAUUGAACAGUACAUCCUGAUGUUGGUGCAACUGUAUGCAGAGAGACAGACUUCCAUGAAACUUCGUUUCUGCACAAGCUGCUUGGUGGAUGCUACUCACAUGGUACAGAUAUGGGCGAACUAAACAAAGACUCGAUUUUCUCUUAAACUUUGACACCAACAAAGACAGAAGACAUACGAAUGGCCAUCUUUGGGGGGGGCAAGGUAUUCCUCAAUGAUGUUAAAAGGUCAAAGUUACAAGAAGAAGGAGAAAUUCAAACUUCAUGCUCAAAGACCUUGUGUGCUUUCCUGUGGACCUCCCCUCAUCCCUAAGUAUUAACUAAAUUCCUGCUGAUCUUCUGCAACUUCAUAGUUUUAUUUUCUUCUUAAUGUUUUAUCUAAGGAUAUAUCCUUAGAACAUUUCCCUUAAACACACUUGCUCUCUAUUUCCAAAUUUCUGUGCCCUCCUAGAAAAAUGAAUGACUUGGCCUCAGGGUCCUUUAUCUUUGCUUAUGUGAAACACACACACACACACACACACACACACACACACCAGACAAAAGCAAAAUUUUCUGCCGGAAGAGAACAAUAAAAAUAACUUCUAAACUGUA